AGAGAGACGACGACACCAGCGGCGGCGGCGGCAGCGGCGUUUACCGGGGAACACCAUGCAUCACACCAGACGACUGGAAGCUCCUUUUAUUCCGCUUUCUCCUUUUUGAUUUGCGGUUUAUUUUAUUUUUUUUAGUAUUUCUUUGUUUUUUGUUGUGUCUUUUUCUUUUCUCGCUCUCUCUCUCUCUCCUUUGCCCCCCCUCUCCUCCUCCUUUUCACCCAAUCUCUGACGCGCAAGGACACUACAGCAUCCAUCCACGGCAGAAACGCUCACAUAGAGCAUCCUCUGUACAGACGCACCAGCCAGCCAUCCUCCUCCUUCCUUCCUUCCUUCCUCCCACUCUCCUCCUCUCCUCUUCUCUUCGUUCUGUUCUAACCCAGAGGACAUCGGGACCUCUUCUUUAUUUUUUCCCCCCUCUUCUCUGCUUCGCCUGGAGACAUGGAUCUAUGGUUUCAUUCGAUCCGGAUUUGCUGGUGGAGGGUUUUGUUCCUAAUGAGUAUUUUCCAGGACUAUCUGAGCUCCAUGCUGGACUGCCCGCCGACCUGCAGCUGCUCUCAAACAGAGAUCUAUUGCAAUAAGUCCGACAACGGCAGGUUUUUCCCUUUACUCGUCCUGCAAGACACUGGGAGCAAUGGGUCCAGCGUUGACAUAGCGGAGUUAUUCAAAAACAUCAGCUCCAUACACUUAGAGAACUGGACGGGAUUGGAGACUCUGAGAGACGUCGAUAUGGAGCUCUACACUGGACUGCAGAGACUAACGAUCAUGAAUUGUGACCUGAGGGUGAUCCAGGCUCGAGCGUUCGCUCAGAACCCACACCUACGCUACAUAAACCUGUCAAACAACCCGCUCACCACUCUGUCAUGGCAGCUCUUCCAGCACCUCCAACUCUCCGAGCUGCGCCUGGACAACGUGGUGUUCGAAUGUGGCUGUGACAUCCGCUGGAUCCAGCUGUGGCAGCAGAGAGGAGAGGCCGGGCUUCAAACGCAGCAGCUCUACUGCAGGAACGGAGCCUCCAAGAUGCGACUGCACAACAUGCACAUCAACAACUGCGACUUGCCAGAGAUCAGUGUGAGUCACAGCAGUGUGCUGGUGAUGGAGGGCGACAAUGUGACUGUGAGCUGCAACGGAUCCGGAUCACCGGUGCCUGAAGUGGACUGGACCGUCAGCGGCCUCCAUUCCAUCAACACACACCUGUCUAAUGUUUACUGGCCCAACAUCCACUCCAUCAACCUGACCCUGUUCAACAUCAGCCGGGACGACAACAACUUCCAGCUGACCUGCAUUGCAGAGAACGUGGUGGGGAUGACCAACUCAUCCAUCCAGCUCAACGUGCAGUUUCCUCCGGUCAUCCUGAGGCUGGCCGAGCCCGAGCAGCGGCUGGACACCUGCAUCGAAUUCACAGUGCGAGGUUACCCCCACCCCAAGCUGCGCUGGUUCCACAAAAAGAAGGAGAUUCUCCAGAACGACUACAUCCGAACCGAUAUGGACUUCUACCAGGACUACCUCGAGGGCUGCCUUACUUUCCAGAACCCAACGCACAUCAACAACGGAAACUACACCCUGGAGGCCAGCAACCCUCUGGGAACCGUCACCAAGACGGUGUACGGCCACUUCCUGGUGGCCCCCGAUGACAAUGACACAGUGGAACUAGUGACGCCGGCGGACAGCGAUUCGGGCCGACCAGACGAAGACACGUUCGGGGUUUCCAUCGCCGUGGGUUUGGCGGGCUUCGCUUGCGUCCUCCUCCUCGUCCUUUUUGUUCUCAUCAACAAAUACGGCCGCCGCUCCAAAUUCGGUAUGAAAGGUCCAGUGGCUGUGAUCAGCGGCGAGGAAGACUCAGCAAGCCCUCUUCAUCAUGUCAACCAUGGGAUUAUUACCCCCUGUACUCUGGACGCUGGUCCAGACGCAGUGGUCAUAGGGAUGACACGGAUUCCUGUUGUGGAAAAUCCUCAGUACUUCAGACACGGACACAACUGCAACAAGCCAACUACCUUGGUCCAGCACAUAAAGCGGAGGGACAUCAUCCUGAAGAGGGAGCUGGGCGAGGGAGCGUUCGGUAAAGUCUUCUUGGCAGAGUGUUACAACCUCAGCCCCACCAAGGACAAGAUGCUGGUGGCCGUCAAGACACUCAAGGACCCCAACUUGUCUGCCAGGAAGGACUUCCAGAGGGAGGCGGAGCUGCUGACUAACCUGCAGCACGACCACAUUGUCAAGUUCUACGGAGUGUGUGUGGACGGAGACCCUCUCAUCAUGGUGUUUGAGUACAUGAAGCACGGAGACCUCAACAAAUUUCUCAGAGCCCACGGCCCCGACGCCAUGAUCCUGGUCGACGGUCAGCCGCUGCAGUCCAACGGGGAGCUCGGCCUCUCGCAGAUGCUGCACAUCGCCACCCAGAUCGCCUCAGGCAUGGUCUACCUGGCCUCCCAGCACUUUGUGCACAGAGAUCUGGCAACUCGCAACUGCCUGGUGGGCAACGGCCUGCUGGUCAAGAUCGGAGACUUCGGCAUGUCCCGGGACAUCUACAGCAGCGACUACUACAGGGUUGGAGGACACACCAUGCUGCCGAUCCGCUGGAUGCCCCCGGAGAGCAUCAUGUACAGGAAGUUCUCCACGGAGAGCGAUGUGUGGAGCUUCGGAGUCAUCCUCUGGGAGAUCUUCACCUACGGGAAGCAGCCCUGGUUUCAACUGGGCAACAACGAGGUCAUCGAGUGCAUCACCCAGGGCCGGGUCCUGGAGAGGCCGCGGAUCUGCCCCAAGGAGGUGUACGACAUCAUGCUGGGCUGCUGGCAGAGGGAACCGCAGCAGCGACUGAACAUUAAGGACAUUCAGAAGGUCCUGUUCGCCAUGGGGAAAGCCACGCCCGUCUACCUGGACAUCCUGGGCUAGCAGCGAGCCAACCGGGAGGGAGACGGACGAGGAAGAGGAGGAGGAGGAGAGGGAAGAGGAAGAGAGGGCGUGGGGUGGCCUGGUUCCUCGACAAGAGACACACGGACCCACAUGAAUCCAGGAAUAACCAAACCAACCUGCUCCACUGUCGAAAAACACCUGCAUUGUUUGGGAAGGACUUAAGUGCCUGCAACACUUUUGGAUAUAGUGGAUAAAACAUUCAAAAAAAUGAAAAAAAAAAAAAAAAAAAAAGAAUAAACACGCACUUUUACAUUUUGUUUACUUGCGUAUAAGAUGUACAGGUUUGAAGAAUACUUUUUUUCCCCCCAACCCUCGAAAAAAACUGCAAAAACACACAAAAACGGAGACGUAACAGGAAAUGGAUCGACAUCGGGGAAAGUUUGAUGAUACCACGGAGAGGACACUUCAGAGUUCAAAUCUAUCCUGGGUUUGGUUUUAUGAAUAUAUAUAGAAAUAUUACAUAUAUUUUAUAUUUAUUUCUUUUUUCUUUUUUUUUUUUUUUUUGGUCGAGAUGUUGAAGGGUCUGCCACACGUGUUGCUAAGGGCUCGGCCCCGCCCGGAGACGCCGCUCACAGACUACUGGCAGGGAUGGGAGGAGGGAAGCCUUACUUGCACUCCGAUUGGCUCUGAGCUUUUGACGGUAACUCUGCGGAUUAACACUGGACGGUUGAAAGAGAGGAGGAAAAAAAAAAAAAAG